AUGACACAUGAGAAACAGAAAGGGCUCGUCAAGUGUUGGACUGAUGAGAGAGUGGGCAUUACAUUGCUGGCUGAAGUUAACCUUCAAUGGUCAGCAGUGCCCAGAGGACAAAAGUGGUUUGAUCAGGUCAAGUCCUUCACUGACCAGGGACAUUUCUCUUCAGUGUCUUACUACAAACACCAGGAGUUUCCAACUCCCUCGGCGCAUCAAUGGGGCGGAUGUUCUGCUACAUUACUCAACAAGGUCGCGCGCCGUGCAAAGUCACGCGGCAAAGAUGAGACAGGGCUAGGCAGGUUCUCUUGGAUCAAGAUCCGGGGUAGGGACAUCCGACAACAGGAGUCUCAGACUGAUGGGCCCCCGGCUGGUCCUUUAGAUCUUGUGGUGGUCUCGGCAUAUCGUCCGAACAAGGAAGGUACCAAUGCUGGUAGUGUUUGGAACUAUCAACGGAAUUACUGGCUGAGCAAGGGGGUGACUAUGGAUCCCCGUGACAAGCUCACACUGGAUUUGGUGGACCUGAUCAAACAAUGGAAAGCGGAAGGGUGUGAGAUUCUCCUUGGGUUAGAUGCAAACGAAGAUGUCUCCUACAACUCUCCCUCUUCCUUCCGCCAAGAGAUGCGGUCAGAAGGCCUGACCGAGGCCAUCUUACGCCGACAUCAGGGCCCUUACCCAGCAACAACCCAAAGUCGGACGACGGAUACUCCCAUCGAUGGUAUAUUUGUGACCGACAGCGUCCGUGUAACUGCAGGUGGAUACUUGGACUUUCAGCAGUAUUUUAAGUCGGACCACAGGGGACUCUGGAUUGACAUUGACCUGGAAGCGACUCUGGGGGCCCCAGCGGUGACCUCUCCUUCCUUCCAACCACGUCGAU